UUGUGCCAGAUACUAUCCCCCACACUUAUUUUUAACAGAGGAUUUAUACUGCGACUUGGCAACAGCUGAGUGCAUAAGUUUCGUUUACCCUUCGUCACUAUUCUCAACCGCCAACAAGGAAGUUUUCUCAUACAGGCUUGGCCAGCUGUUGCCUUUGCGUGUAUUAGGACUUGUCUUUCCUAACAAUGUCGGAGGCGAAUAUCUUGAAAAUCAUUUGCGGUAACGGAGGGGCGAUAGAUUAUGAGAGACUCCUUGAAUUAGCUUCCGGCUUUCCAGAUAUAAACUGCUUUGAAUUUGAUUCACUCAUCGAAAAUGAACAGUUAUUCUCUCUGACGGAGAACAGUGGCGUCAAACAAGUACUAGCCAAAACAAACGUCAGACUCUGCAAAGUGAGAGACUGCACUGGCUGUAAAAAUCUUCAUCUUUGUAAAUUGUAUCUACAUGGAGAAUGCACAUGGGGAAGACGCUGUGGUUACGGGCACAAUUUAAACUCGCACCACAACGCCAGAGUUCUCUCAGAACAUCAACUACAGAGGCUUAGCAGAGCAGAGAUCAGGCAGUUACUUUUGCACAAUGACAGCCCACAUGUCCUGCUUCCACCGCUCUGUAUGAGUUACAACCAUGGUGAGGGUGACUAUGGCCGAUGUGAUGACAAGGAUAACUGCACGAGGCUUCACAUCUGCGAGGGCUACAUCCAAGGCACCUGCGACUCCGGUGACUGCGGCCGGUCACAUGACUUCUUCGAGCCCCACCCGAUGAGGACCCUAACCAUUGUUAACAACAACACCAAGGAGGGAGGCAGCUCCACCUACUCCUUAAUGAGUGUGCUGAGCCACAUUGGGACCAAUGCGGACUGCGUGAAGUGCCCCUUCCUGGUCAUCAAGGCUCAGCACCAGACGCAGGCAGGACUCCCCUGCUCAGCAGGAGACACUCAACCAGAGACGUCACAUGUGAAGUAA